AUGCCUCAGACACCACACAGCACCGGAGGCUACAACAAAAACCUCUAUCAGGCCAAGGAUGAAGUCUACUCUGGACUCUACUACCAUGACAAUAACCUGGUGUCCGGAUCCUUGGAGGCCCUUAUUCGACACCUACUCCCCACAGUCGACUAUUAUCCUGAUAGAACAUACAUCUUCACAUUCCUGUUGAGCUCGCGCCUCUUCAUCCACCCGUACGAGCUCAUGUCCAAAGUGUGCCACCUGUGCGUGGAACAGCAACGACUCGGCGAUCACCAAGCAGAUAAGACACGACUGAGGAAGAUUGCACCAAAGAUUCUUCAACUGUUGACAGAGUGGGCGGAAACCUUUCCGUAUGACUUCCGGGACGAGCGGAUGAUGCGCAGCCUGAAGGAGCUAACGCAUCGGCUUUCCACAGGAGACGAGAUUUACAGGAAGGCUGUGAGCCAGCUGAGCCAGGGUUUAAUCCGGAGGUUGACUGUACUCAGCCAGUACGAAGAGGCUCUGGUCAAGAUCAAUACCACGGUAGCCGAGCGCCUCACUGUCCUCAAGGCCAAACCCCAGGCCGCUCUCCAGAGGGACAUCUUGUCCAUUUGUAACGACCCUUUCACCGUGGCCCAGCAGUUGACUCACAUAGAACUGGAGAGACUCAGCUACAUCGGGCCUGAGGAGUUUGUCCAGGCAUUUGUCCAGAAAGAUCUGGUUGACAACGACAAGAGUCGUUUCAUUGAGCACAAGAAGGUCACCAACCUGGAGGCCUAUGUGGAUUGGUUCAACAGGCUCAGCUACCUGGUGGCUACAGAGAUCUGCACGCCUAUAAAGAAGAAGCAGCGUGCGCGGGUGAUGGAUUUCUUUAUUGACGUGGCGCGCGAAUGCUUCAACAUUGGCAACUUCAACUCACUUAUGGCCAUUAUCUCUGGGAUGAACAUGAGUGCCGUGUCCCGCCUGAAGAAAACUUGGAGCAAAGUCAAGACGGCCAAGUUUGACAUCCUUGAGCACCAGAUGGAUCCGUCCGGAAACUUCUACAACUACAGGACUGCGCUUCGCGGCGCCACCCAGCGGUCCGUAACUGCUAACAGCAGCAGAGAGAAAAUUGUCAUCCCAUUCUUCAGCCUGCUCAUCAAAGACAUCUAUUUCUUGAAUGAAAGCUGCGCCACGCGGCUGCACAACGGGCACAUCAACUUUCAGAAAUUGUGGGAGUUGGCCAAACAAGUCAGCGAGUUCAUGAGCUGGAAGAAGGUCGAGUGUCCCUUUGACAAGGACCGCAAGAUUCUGCACUAUCUGCUCACGGCACCCGUCUACACUGAAGAUGCUUUGUAUCUGGCGUCGUACGAGAGCGAAGGUCCGGACAACAACAUGGAAAAAGACAGAUGGAAGUCUCUCAGAUCCACGCUGCUAAAUCGAGCAUAA